UUACCAUCAAAUCAAGAGCUUCAUGAGCCCGGAUUUUUACUUCGAACAAGCAAUUCAUUGAUGCCGGUUCUUAUUCGUGCGUCUACGAUUGUUGCCGGUGUGAUAAUGUGUAAUGCAUAUGUCAACAGGGAGAGAGGGUCUGUCACGUCUUGUAUUGACAAAAUUUUCCUUUGCGGCCAGACCAUUUGGAAGACAACACCAAAAAUGACAUUGAUAGUGAAAGAAACUGUAUUUGUGAAAACUCCUACUUUCUUUUUGGUUAAGAGGACGAGAAUGAAAAAUUUGUCAAUCUCGCUAAGGUUUUUCAUCAAUACAAGGCUCCAUGCGGCUGAUGAGUCCUCCCGAAAAUUGUUAAGGAACCUCAAUAGAAUCAUAAAAGAUGCCGGAUGUCCGAAGGACUCGCGUGCAAUGAUUGUCUGCAAAUCCCUCGGUAUACUCUCAUCAAAGAACGUUUCAUAUAAGAGAAAGAGUUUGCCCAUCUCUUCAAAUGUGAAGAAUGGCCUAGGGAUUAAGGUGGCUUUGUUAAAGGAGAUUCAAAGAGUUUUAAAGAAAUCACUUGCCGUCAUCUGGAAUACCUGGGAUUCGAAGAUACACUGGAAUUCGUCUAUAAGAAGAUAUAAACGAUCUUUAAGUGAAUUCAGACAUCAACCAUCCUUUAGGAAUUAUUGGCCUAAGGACGAAAACUUGAACGUAUCUGCAACCAAGACACCUUUUUCUGUGAGGAACGAAAGCCUCAAAAAAGCCAGCUACGUUUGGUUUUCAGAAACGGGUACAGAGACAAUAUUCGCAAGAGAUUUGAGAAUAACAUCUUUAGAUCACACACCCAUAAAGGCAAACAAGGCUAGUACAACUAUUAAAGGAAAAGAAUGA